AUGAAUGAUCUCAUGAAUGCUUCGGAUGAUUGGUGGAGCACAGCAGCCGGCUCCCAGCAAUUCGCCGAAACAACCCCUACGCUUCGCAACAUGUCAAAGGCGCACGUAACCCUGCCAACGACGAAAGAGCCCGAGAACAGAAUGGCCUUUCAGGUCAGCAAGGUUCGACCGGUACCAUUGCUGGCACGCCGUCAAUCAGAUGAUAGCCAUCUACUACCGCCAAUCAAACAGCCGUGGACUUGGAAUGCAUUGACACCGGCCUCGAGGCCCGGGUUGCCCGUGAAGGCUAUGUCUGACUACCAGCCUCAUCGUAGCUCUCAGAAGCAGAUUUUGGCAUCGCAUCCAGGAAAACUUGAUCGGCAUACUAUCAAUGGAGACCUGAAUAUUGAAGUCGAUAACCAACUCUCAUUAUUCAAUGAUUCCCCAUACAACUACGAAAUUUCUGCCAACUUUGCCAUGCCAGUCCCCCCCGUUUCUGAAAUGAUAGGCCACAUGGGACUUGAAUGUCCGGUGUCACUCACAAUCAGCGGUUUUAGCAGCGAGGAACCAAUCCAGGAUCCGCCCACGCCUGCCGGAGUAGCCGAACUCAAUCUUUCGUUGCCCGAUGAAAUGGAUCUGGUGGCUUUUUUGGAGGAUGGCAUGAAGACGAAGGCAGACCCAGUGCCCCGCAGUCAAUUUCGGCAGGCAAACCACGCGGCGGAAAAGUCGCAAGGUCGCACAACGCCCUAUCAGAACGAUGGGCUGAACAGCAAUGCCAGACUCAACUCAAGGAAGUGGACACUGGGGGAGAUAAGGCGUGAACAAGUAGCCGGACGCCCUCCAGAAGUAUCAACCGCCGCGGCAAGUAGCUGGUCGACCAGCGAAGUUCAAUCUCAUACUACACAUCCCGACAUUGUUGGCCAACGACUUGUUUCACCACUUUCUCAAACCAGUCCACUCGGGAUUCAACCACAACUUAAUGACACAGAUCACGCAUUUCCGGUCCUGGGUCAGUUCAACGGACGCAUAUGCAGCCCUAGCACAAAUGUACUUAGUGGUCAGCUGUCAUCCAACACUGCGACAGGCGACCACAAUAUAGCGGCAGUGGAAAGCGACAGCGAAGUAUCCGAAGGUUCAAGCUCUGGCUACUCAGCUUCUGUACCAGACAAAGCUGAAAGUCUAGUGCUCAGCAUAUGCCAUGCCGUUUUGAAUCGCGUACUCGGAAAAGUGGCGGCACAACAUGUGCUUCAUAUAACGUCGGUGGCUGGUGUUGGCGCAAGUUCUGGGGCAGUGACGGACCAUACAAGAAGCAUACGCUCUUCCAAUCAAUCGUCCAGCAGUCGUAAGCGCAAGAGCGACAAGUCCAAUGUGGAAGGCAACGAGGAACAUGAUGGUCCGCGCCAGAAACGCCGCCGCUGCCACGAUGCCAGCGUUGAUGAAGAUGCGCCCCGCCGUUUAGCCUGUCCAUUCAACAAAUACGACACGCAACUCUUCGGUCCCGAGUCUUCCGAGACGGACUAUCAUAACUGCGUAAUCUUCAGCUGCAAGAGCAUUGCGCACCUGAAACAGCAUCUAGAGCGCAGCCACUAUACGCCACCUUUCUACUGUUUCAGAUGUUACAAGCGAGACUUGAAGUCCCAAGCUGCAGUUGCUGCACACCUGCGUCAAGACCCAAUAUGCGAUAACCUCGAACCACCACUAUUUACCGAGCGGAUUAGCACGGACCUCAUCGAAGCCCUCGAGCUCAAGCGAAAGAAUCCACCUGGUACGGACCCAGUACGCUACUGGCACAAGUUAUACGAUGCUUUCUUUCCUGGUGCGGCUGAGAUUCGACCGGUUAAUCCCUACUACGAAGGCCCUCUAGUUGAGAUAACAGAAUCACUCGUGAGAUUCUCUGGGCAGGUGCUCAAUGACUUGUUCCCCGCCGUCUUGCAACGACUAGGUUUAGAGGAGCACUUCAGCGAAGACAACCACUUGCGCUUACAAGAUGAUGUAGUUCAAGUCGCAGUACAGCAAUAUGUGGAAGAGCUUGGUCAACGCCACCGGAGCCAGUCUCGUCGAUUGCCAGCGCCGCGUUUGGGUCAUCGAGCGUCAGAAGCGAUCGGGGACACGAGUCCACAGACACGUGGCGCUGACAGCAGUUCAGCGGUUAUACUACCACAGGUCGCCCAAGGGCUUCCGGCCCAGGAUACAGGCACUGCUGUUUCUACAGACCCCCUAGCCACGCCCGAAGCAGAUCUGACUGGCGUUAACACGCAAACGGCCCUGAAUGGCGACCGCCCAAGCCAGCAGCCAUCACCACUGGAGCAUCAAGCAGAGGCGAUCAACAACAUGCAAGAUCGCAACGGCGGCCUUCUCCAAGGCUGGGAAUUCGUCGACCCCACUGACCCAGAGUCCGAUCCCGUCCCGGAUAACCUGGCUGACUUUGAUUUCUUGGGCGACGCGGCCUUCAUCUUCCCUCCGUCGUGGCCAGUCCCAAACCUCGAUCUCGACCUGGGUGCAGAGAUCACCGCGGCGGUCAUGGCUCAACAGAGUUGA